AUGACGUGCAACCAUUUUAUCAACAUAAUAUACCUCUUAUGUUUAUUGCUAUUAGGCCAAGUAUCAUGUAAUGUUGGAGACAGUUGUACUGAAGGUAAUGUUACAACAUGUGGUGGUGAUCCUACAGGUACAGGAGGAUAUCAAUGUGAUAACAGUAAUCGAUGUCAAUGUACUGCUGACUAUUAUGAUUCUAGUGGAGUUUGUACAGCAAAAUCGGGAUUUAAUGGGAUAUGUAACAGUACCACAGAAUGUUUUGGUAACUUGACAUGUUUAUCUGAUGGUAAUUGUGGUUGUGAUAAUAAUACUCAUUAUCAUGAUGGUAAUAUUAAUUGCGUUCAGAAACUAGGUAUUAAUGGAGUGUGUACCAGUACCACUGAAUGUCUUGGUAACUUGACAUGCUCAUCUGAUACCGAUAGAAAAUGUGUUUGUGAUGAUACUCAAUAUCAUGAUGAAGGAGGAUAUGGUGAUUCUUGUACCACAGAAAACUCUUGUAAUGUUGUAAAUGGUAGUUGUUAUAUGACAAAAUGUUCCUGUAAUGAGAAUUAUUAUACAGAUAACAACAUGUGUAAACCAGUUGCUGAACUAAAACCUACCGGUGUUGUAAUAGAAGGAACACCAACAUCAAAGGCUGGAUAUAGAGAAACAUGUGUUACACCAGGUACUGAUCAAUGUGGUGAUCCAAAUACAGAAUGUGUAGAUAUUGGAGAUGGUAAUAAAUGUUACUGUAAAGAAGGUUUCUAUACAAACAAUAAUCAGUGUAAUAAUGCUGCAGAAUUGAAAACCACUAUUGCUGGUUUAAUUCCAAAGACUAACACUGCAACAGUUACAUGGACCCUACCAACCAAUAGUCAAUUUAUAACCAGUAUUAGUAUAGAAGUAAAUGGUAUUAUAAAUAAAUCUAGUAUAAGUAACACUGCUACAUCUAGUGAAAUUACUGGUUUACAACCUGGUACUAUGUACAGUAUUAAAGUUAUAUCUAUAGUUAAUACUGAUAGAAAUCCAAAGUAUGAAGUUAAAUCAGAGGCAGUACCAACCACAACAAAACAACCACCUGGUAGUAACUGUAACACGAGUGAUACACAGUCAUGUACUGGUAAUUUAACAUUAGAAUCUGGUAGUAACUGUAACCCAAGUGAUACACAGCCAUGUACUGGUAAUUUAACAUGUAUCAAUAAUAAAUGUGGAUGUCAAGAUGAUCAUUACCUAUAUGAUAAUAAUUGUUAUCCAAAAUUAGGAUAUAAUGGAGAUUGCAGUAAUUCAAAUGAAGUCUGUAUUCCUGAUUUAAUAUGUUAUACUGCUACUUCAACAUGUAAAUGUAAUACUGGUUAUUAUAGAUUUACUAAUCAAUGUAAACCAGAAAGUUAUAAAGAUAGUAAUUCUAGAUGUAAAUAUAAAUCUGGUGAAUAUAGAUCUACUAAUCAAUGUAGACCAGAAAUUUAUAAAGAUAGUAAUUCUAGAUGUAAAUAUAAAUCUGGUGAAUAUAGAUGUGAUAAUCAAUGUAAACCAGUGUCUGAAUUGAAGCCAACUAAUUUUAGAGCGACAGGUUCAACUGCUACUAGCUUAACUUUCUCUUGGAAUGUACCCAGUGAUACUUAUAUUAAUGAAUAUGUAAUCAGUGGAAACAGUUUUCAAGAUACAACUAUUCAGGUCUCUACAGCUCGUACUGAUACAGUAACUGGUCUAUCAUCAGGAACUGAUUAUACUAAUAUUAAGAUAACAACUAAAGUUAGAACUGAUAGAGGUAGUACUACUGAAGAUGCUGUGUCUGAUGAGAUAACUGAUAGUACCAGGUCUGAUCCUGUUAAAGAUUUAAUUAUAACUAACAUCAAUAGUAGAAAUCUUACUGUAUCUUGGUUUUAUCCUGAUGAAGAUAUGGGUGUUCUUACUGCUUAUAUAUUAGAUGUGAAGAUUGGUAGUGAAUGUAUUCAACAAUAUAUAUAUGUUACUGAUAUUAAUAAUAAGAUAUUGGUACUGUUACUGAUAUUAAUAUCAAGUGGAAACAGUUUUCAAGAUACAACUAUUCAGGUCUCUACAGCUCGUACUGGUACAGUAACUGGUCUAUCAUCAGGAACUGAUUAUACUAAUAUUAAGAUAACAACUAAAGUUAGAACUGAUAGAGGUAGUACUACUGAAGAUGCUGUGUCUGAUGAGAUAACUGAUAGUACCAAUCCUGGUAAACCUGGGCCUUUAAAUUCUGAUAAUAACUAUGAUACUACUAAAGUAAUGAACAUUGGAUUUGUUAAACCAACUGGUGGAGUAGAUAAAUACAUUGUAGAAAUAACAGGACCAGGUCUUAACACUCCUUUUACACAAGAACCAACUACUAAUAGUAUAACUGUACCAGCUAAUACAUUACAAUCUGGUAGACAAUACAGUAUCAGUAUUAUUGCUGUAUAUAAUGGAAAGAAUAGUGUAGAGUUUGUAGGUGUUUUCAACACACUUUCAGUAGGGUCUGAUCCUGUUAAAGAUUUAAUUAUAACUAACAUCAAUAGUAGAAAUCUUACUGUAUCUUGGUUUUAUCCUGAUGAAGAUAUGGGUGUUCUUACUGCUUAUAUAUUAGAUGUGAAGAUUGGUAGUGAAUGUAUUCAACAAUAUAUAUAUGUUACUGAUAUUAAUAAUAAGCCAACGACUAAUAAUUGUGCAGGUGUAACACCAACAUAUAGUGUAAAAGAUUUAAAAGCUGGUAUUAUACAAAUAAUAACUGAUUUGUUACCAUAUAUCAACUAUACUCUUAUAGUUACACCAUAUAAUAAUGUUGGACCAGGAUCUGUAGCUUCUAAAUCAGCACUAACACUUGCAGAAGCUGCUGGUGAACCAAGUAAUUUGAAUGUACCAGAAAUCAAUGCUAAGAGCUUUCUUGUGACUUGGAAUAAACCAUCUCUGAAAACUGGACCAACAACAUAUUAUUUGUAUUUAUAUGAACAGAAAGAUCUGUCAAAUAACCAGGCUAGUCUAUUAGUCAAAACAUAUGCUGUACAAGGUUUUGAUACUGAAGAAUAUCGAGUUAAUGAUGUAGUUAGCUACUGGUAUUAUAGAGUGGAAUUACAGGCAUCUACUGCUGCUGGAAAUAGUUCGAUUAAAAUUAUUUCAGAAUUUCAAACAUCAUCAUCACCUCCAGGAAAAGUUGAAAGUCUAACAGUACGCCAUAAAAGUGAAAUAUUUACAUCAGCAGAAGUCAGCUGGAGUUGUAUUAAAGAAAGAAAUCGACAUGGAGUUAUUAUGUACUACACAUUGACUUCUACUCUAGUGAAUGAAGAUCCUAGAGAUAUUCAACCUAAGGAAAUUUGUACAUUUACUGAAACCGUCAGAGUAAAGCCGGGAGAAGAUAUUACAUUUACAGUUUUUGCUACUAAUAUGGACUUUAAAGGAGAAGAGACAGUUAUAAAAUAUCCAGCACCUACAGGAAAACCAAAACUACCAAAGGAAGAUAUAAUUUUGAUACCAAACUCUGAAGUCAUUGAACAGACAUCAUUCUCUGUAACAGUUUGUCCUAGUUGUUUAAGAGAUGAAACUAAUGGUCCUGUAAAGAUAACAGCAUUAUUAGUCUGUGUUAAAGACAAAUGUGAUAUCAAUGAUAAUCAGCUAACUGUAGCAAAGGUUAGAAGUUACGCUAAUUGGCAGAAAGUCAGUGCUCAAUCAUUUGAUGCACCAUAUAGAGUAACAAAGGAUACCUGGUAUGGUGAUAAAGGGAAGGAUUCGACCUCUCCAAAAUGUACAGGCCUAGGUUGGUACCCAAGAAACCAAGCGAGGAAUUCUAGCUGUGUCAUGCACUGCUCUGUAUCUCAACCAAUAGGAACCUACAAAACAAAAGGCGAUGACAGUAUUUCUCCAGCAGUGGCAGGGAUUGUUGGCGCCCUAGUAACUUUUAUAGCGAUGAUCGUUGGAAUAGUCAUUUAUUGUAUAGUGAAAAGAAGAAGAUCGAAACAAAAGGAAAGUAAAGAAGGAACUGUAAACUACACACCACACUCAAAUGGAACUUCGAAUCCUGAGACUGCAGCAUAUGUCAACCUCCCAAAUCGCAACAGUGACGUUGAAACUGCAGCGUAUUACGUCAAUGUUCCAGAUCAAAGACACAAUGAAGAACAAGGUCCAUAUGCGUCUUCAGAUGAUGAUUUAACACCUCCCGUUUAUGAAACUCUCAAAUGA